UAAAGGUAGUCAACGUUUUUUUAUUUGUCUUCAAAUUUAGAUAUAGUGAAAUUAAUUCAUAACCUCACUCCGGCAGGACCGGCUAAUUUCACAUGCACGAUCAGUCGAAAAGAAAACAAUGAAUAAAACUAUGAUCGCUAGAUUUUACAGCAAAAAUUUACAGAACGCUAAAAGUUCUCAAGCUAUACGAAAAGAGUUUAUUGAUUUUUUCACUCGUGACUUAAAUCACAAAUACAUACGAUCAAGCCCGGUUUUACCACUAUGUGAUCCAACUGUUGCCUUUGUUAAUGCAGGAAUGAAUCAGUUCAAAGGUGUUUUCUUGGGACAUUUAAAUCCCCCGGCGAAAAGGGUGGCCAAUUCACAAAAAUGUAUCAGAAUCGGAGGAAAGCACAAUGAUCUAGACGCCGUCGGCCAAGAUACUUAUCAUCAUACCUUCUUCGAGAUGCUGGGAAACUGGUCGUUUGGAGAUUAUUUCAAAGCAGAAGCUUGCGAGUUUGCUUGGAAAUUGCUAACAGGACCUUAUGGGAUAAAUGAAAAUCGUCUUUACGUAACGUACUUCGCCGGCGAUGAGAAAAUGGGCUUAAAGCCAGACCUGGAAUGCAAAGAUAUAUGGCUACGGCUCGGCGUGUCACAGGAUCGCAUUCUUCCCUUUGGAUCGCAGGAUAACUUUUGGGAAAUGGGAACAACCGGCCCUUGUGGUCCGUGUACCGAAAUACACAUAGAUCACACAAUGCAGACAAGUAAUCAGGCUUCCAGAGUCAACAGAGGUCAUGCCGAUCUCACAGAGUUGUGGAAUAUAGUAUUUAUUGAAUACCAGAGACUUUCAGAGGGCCCGAUUGUUCCUCUACCAAAAAAGCAUAUCGAUACUGGAAUGGGUUUUGAAAGACUAGUCGCCGUCUUGCAAGGAAAGAGAUCAAACUAUGACACGGAUCUUUUCCAGCCGCUAUUCGAUACUAUUAAGAAAAAAACGAAUGCUCCCGAGUAUCAGGGCAGGUUUUUGUCUGCAGACAAAAAUGGAAUUGAUACUGCCUACAGAAUUCUGGCUGACCAUGCGAGAAUGGUUACGAUUGCGCUGGCCGAUGGGAUGUUGCCUGAACAGAAUCACAAGUUAAGGAAGGUAUUGAGAAAAGCCGUCGAUGUCGGGGAAAAAGUAUUUCAGCAGAGCGGGCUACUUCACGAAUUGUCUUUUCGUGUAGCGGACAACCUAGGGGAAGUAUAUCCAGAGAUACAGAAAAAUUUAAAACAGGUUCAAAAACUCAUAGCGUACGAAGAAGACUUGUUGAAGUCAUUGAGGGACACGGCUGGAACUGAAUGGAAAAGAAUAGUUAAAACUAGAUCUGUGCUUACAUCAGUAAGCAAUACUACUGCACCAGGUUUAGCUGCCGCUUACAGGGAUUUACAAUCCAGCUUGUUCGCUCUUGCUUCCAAUGACAAAUUUCCACGGGUUCUGCCACCAGAUAUUGCAUUCAAGAUGUACGACACCUAUGGACUGGAUCCGGAUACGAUAUCGGAAUUGGCCAAAGUAGAAUCCCUGUCAUUUGACAAAAAUGAAUUCAAUGACGAAUUGAACAAUGCUAGGCAAAGAUCUAAGAUGAAUUUUGGUAAAGUAGAUGAGGAAAUUGUAUCACAAGAAUCCCUACAACUACUGGAAAAAAAUAAUGUACCAACGACAGAUGACAGUGCCAAGUACAGUUACACUGUAGCGGAUAAGGUGUAUCAGUUUCCGCCAGUAAAUUGUAAAUUAUUGGGAAUGAUUGUAGACGGUAAAUUGAUAUCUGAAACACAACCGCAUGUCAUUGAUGACAGUCAAUCAAUUAUUGAGGCGACGGUCAUGCAUAGUGGUAAUAUUGUGGAAGUUGACUCGAUUAUUGAAGCAAAUGCAACAGUUGGCUUGAUAUUAGAUAAGACACCAUUUUAUGCUCCUGAGGGAGGUCAGGCUUCGGAUGUAGGGCAAAUACAAGUGAAAAAUGUCAAUUUUGAUGUUAAGGAGGUGAGAAAAAUAUGCAACUACGUUAUUCACAUUGGGAAGUUUAUAGUCCAAGACGGAAUAAAACCAGAAGCUGAGUUGCAUGUAGGAGAUGAAUGCGUGGCGACAAUAAAUGCAAAGACACGGCUGGGAUUAAUGCGGCAUCACACGUCGACACAUUUACUCAAUGCAGCGUUACGCAAAAUUCUGCCAGCAACAGGCCAACGUGGCAGUAAUGUUGCAAAAGAUGGUUUAGACUUUCAGAUUAGUGUGUUUGGGGAAAAAUUGUCACCUAAAGAUAUUGAAAUUGUUGAAACGCUCAUCAACGACACGAUAAAGGCAGAUAUUGCUGUUAAAACUAGAACGAUUGAUGCACUAGGUUUGACAUCGGAGGAAAACAUUACGUUAGUGCCUGGAGAAGUAUACCCAGAUAGGGGAAUCAGAAUCGUCGAAAUUAUUGGCCAGGAUCUGCAAUCAAUAGAAGCUUGUUGCGGAACGCAUGUUCAGAGCACAGGAGUGCUGGAACAUCUUUGUAUUUUGAAAGUGAAAUCAUUGGGAACUGGUAGCCGAAGUAUAAAGGCAGUUGCUGGGCCACUAGCUAGACUAACAAGACAGGCUGGGGAAAAUGUGAGGCAGCAAAUAAGUCAGCUGGAGGAAGAUAUAAAAAUGGGAAAUGCUCAAUUUAAUCUUCUUGACACCAGAGUUCAAGACAUAAAACGACAAUUGAUGGAUAACACUGAACGAAUUCCGUUACCUUAUUCUAUCAAGCACGAAUGCGUUUUGAGAUUGGAAAUGCUCGCGAGAAAUUCAAAGUCUCAAAAACGUAGCGUGAUAAAAGAAUCUAUAGAAAACGAAUUGAAAAGCAUCGUACAAUCAUGCACAUUGCCAUUUGUAGUUCAUUGUUUUCAACCGCUUAAUGUGGCACUCGAAAGUGUUUCAUUGCAAAAAGUUACAAAAUUUUGUUCCGACACUCCUACGUUUGUUAUUGCACAUAACAAAGAAAUGGUUAAAGCAAGAUGUAGCGUACCUAAGGAAAUAGCAUCCAGUGAGUUUAACGCACAGUUGUGGAUGCAAACUGUACUACCGAUCUUUAACACGCACGGAAGUUCUCCGAAAGGUCAAGAUCCACUGCUGGUUCAGCAUAUGAAAAGCAAGAGAGUAUCAGAUCUUGAGCUGAAAGGUUUAGUUGAAAAAGCUGUUACAGAAGCAACAAAGUUUGCAGCGCUGCAUGUAAAAAAAUCAAGACAUCAAACCAAAUGAUAUAUUUAGAAAUUUAGUUUCCAGUUGAAAUUUUCAUCUUCGAUGUACUCUGUAAAUGUUUCCACUUGAAUCAUAUGCACAACUUGUACAUUAUAUAAUAUACAUAUACACGCAGAUUGUAUAGGUAUUUAAUAUUUAUCAAGGACAUCGAGACUUGGGCUUGGUAGAAAUAAAAUUUUUAGAAAUUG